AACGAUGAUAAAAAUGGAAGGCCAGAAGUCCAGAACACAAAAAGCUUUCGUCUUUUCGGUUGAUGGUUAAAAAGCUCCCAACUUUCUCCGAGCCCUGAAAGAAUUUUUCCUCUGAAUUCACGGUUUCCUGCUCCAUCUGUUACUCAGAGAGACUUUGAUUUGCUCAUUCCGGGCUGGUGGCACUGCCAGUUCUCACGGUUCAUAAACUGAUUCCUUCUGCAAGAGAGUGAACUCUUCACUUUGCAAAUUGAACUUGAACACAGCACAAACAUCACUUAUUUGAUUGAGCGAUGUUGCUGCGAGUGGGGCGUGCUGGGUAUUCGGAUAUGAGCAAUACAAAUCCAUCCUGGAAGUUCCUCUUUUUGUUUUUCAUCUUCACUGUUCUCUUGUGCUUUGGCUCAUGAAUCAUGAUGAUGAGCUCUGAGUAGUUUAACCAAUUUUCGGUUUGGUUAUAGCUUUGUUGCACACUCUGAAGCGAAAAGGUACUGGAUAUGGAUGAUGAUUGUGCCAACUCUACCUAUGGGAACUUCCCAUCCACCACUAGCACCAUGGAUUUGGAUUUCAUGGAGGAACUCUUUGAUGAAGGAAGUUGGAUGGGGACUCCUGAUGGAUUCACCUUCCCACAACAGCAGUACCCUCCGACCAACGAUCUAUAUGCCCCGUCGAGAUUCUUCCCCUCCCUUGAUCCCUUCGCUGCUCAACAAAAAAUCCACCAAGAAACUGACUUUCAUGACGACUCAACUGCCAAAGGAGCUCAACCUGUUGAAAUGGAUUCCAAAAAGGGCUACAAUGUCGCUUCAAUCUCGUAUAUAGCCGGGUACAAGAGCCGUUCAUCGAUCAAAGACCGAUUGGAGUAUGCUAUAAAGAAGUUGAAAGAGUACACAGAGCAUAGAGAUGUCCUUGUGCAGAUAUGGGUGCCCAUAUACCGAGGAGGCAAGCAUGUCCUUACCACCAAAGACCAGCCUUACUUCCUUACAACCAAGUGCAUGAACCUUGCUAGAUAUAGAGAUGUCUCAAGUGAGUAUCAGUUUGGAGCUGAGGUGGAUUCCAAGGAGUUGGUUGGGCUACCUGGUCGAGUUUUCUUGGGGAAGUUGCCGGAGUGGACACCAGAUGUUCGGUAUUUCAAGAACGAGGAGUACCCACGAAGAAACUAUGCAGCUCAAUAUAGCAUCUGUGGCUCUCUUGCAUUUCCUGUUUUCGAACGUAGCAGUGGCAGUUGCUUGGGGGUUGUUGAGGUUAUAACAACAACCCGAGAUAUCAAGUACCGCCCUGAACUAGAGAAUGUCUGCAAAGCUCUUGAGGCUGUUGAUUUAAGCAGUUCAAACGACUUUGUCCCUCCUAAUGUAAAGGGCUGUAAGGAGUUCUGUCAAGCCGCAGUUCCUGAACUGCAAGACAUCUUGGCAUCCGUCUGCAACACUCACAAGCUACCUCUAGCUCUAACAUGGGCCCCAUGUUUUAGGCAGGGCAAAGGUGGAUGCCGCCAUUUCGACGAGAGCUAUGCUCACUACAUCUCCUCCGUGGACAAAGCCUGCUCCGUGGCCGACACAGAGCUCCUCGGGUUCCUUGCUGCUUGCUCCGAGCAGUACCUUUUCCUCGGCCAAGGAAUCGUUGGCAAAGCAUUCACAACGAACAAACAAUGCUUCGCAAAUGAUGUCACGGCAUUCAGCAAGUCAACCUAUCCCCUUUCUCACCAGGCCAUGGUGUUCGGCUUAAACGCUGCUGUGGCAAUCCCACUACAGAGUCAAAUUGGUGGUCCAGCCGAUUUCGUGCUGGAGUUCUUCUUGCCAAAGGAUUGCCAAGACAGAAAGAAGCUUCGAGACUUGCUUCCCCUGACUGUUCAGCAGGCUUCUCGUAGCUUACGUGUUGUAAUGCAGAAAGAGGCAGAGGAAGAGAUGGACCAGCAAGCUUCAGUUCCAGAAGAGUCUUCUUGGAUAAGCAUAUUUAUGGAGGCUCAAGGGAAAGGUGACACUUUUUCUUUCUCAAAGGAAUGUGCAAAGGAAGAACCUCAAGAGGAGUUCAAGGUAGUGAGAUACUGGGAGACCAAUCAGAAGGAGAUGAACCAUAGGCCUGUCUCUAUCAAACAUCAAUCAUCGAGCAGUAUUAGAAGAACGAUCGAGAAGAGACGGACCAAAACCGAGAAGACGGUUAGCUUGGAAGUGCUGAGGCAGUACUUUGCUGGGAGCCUUAAAGAUGCUGCUAAGAGUCUUGGUGUGUGCCCCACUACUCUGAAAAGGAUAUGCAGGCAAUAUGGCAUCAACCGAUGGCCUUCUCGUAAGAUCAAGAAGGUUGGCCACACUCUGAAGAAGCUCCAACUUGUAAUCGACUCGGUGCAAGGUGCAGAAGGCUCCAUUCAAAUCGGUUCCUUCUACACUGCUUUCCCCGACUUGACAUCUCCGAAGGAAGCCGAUAGCAGCAUGCUCUACAAUGUAACAGCAGCAGGAACCGCUUCGAAAUCAACAUCCACGUCCAGCAGCCAAAGCUCAGGUUGUAGUUCAUGCCAGCAAGAUGCAUUUUUUCUAACCGAAGACCCAAGCAGUUUGCUCAAGAGAACACACAGCGAUGCAGAAUUGCUUGUAUUGAACCGUCACGAGGAACCAACAAGGCAGCACCACCUUUCCCGAUCACAGAGCCACAGGAUGCUGGCAGACUGUCCUAAACCCUGUUGCAGGAGGUUGAAAGAAGGGAAUGCUUUCCGUGUUAAGGCCUCUUUUGGAGAAGACACGAUCCGAUUCAGCUUGCCAUCCAGCUGGGGGUUCAUGGAGUUGCAGCAAGAGCUUCUGUCCCGGUUCAAUGUUGAUACAACCUGCAGAAUCGAUCUCAAGUACUUGGACGACGAUCACGAGUGGGUGCUUCUCACGUGUGAUGCGGAUCUCGAGGAGUGCAAAGAUGUUUACAUGUCAGAACAGCGGCACACUAUCAAGCUUUCGGUCCAUCGUUCGGUGCUAAGAGCUGGGACAGCAAGUUCAAUACAACAAUGAACGAGCAGUUUUUCUUCUUCUAGUGAUUAGAGAUAUAGUUUUGGCUACUGUUUCUCUUAGCAUGUGUUUGUGUAUGCAACAGUUCUACAGAUCUACCCAUCUUGUGAAAAUACAAAGGUGGGAGAUCAAUUUUACUGGGGGGGAAGGUUUGUAGUUCUGAUAAAACUGCCACUGGGAUCUUGUUUUAUAGAUCACUGGCAAUAAUCUAUAGUAUGGAUAUAUGACAGUAGAACAACCAUUGGUUGUUGCAUCAUCAUAUGUGUACCAGGUUUGUAUAUUAGUAAAAAACUGGUAAUCUUUGCA